AUGUCACAUUAUGCUACUGAAACAGCAGUCAUUACUAUAUUGUUGUUUCUUAAAGUUAUAGAAAGUGUUAAUAUUAUUUUUACACCAAAUGAUCCGAUUAUUUAUAAAGAUGUGACAAAAUACAUUCAACUUUGUAUUUUAAAUACUGAUCAUCAAAUGUACUGUGAUCUGGAUGAAAAACAAGUUUAUGUUAAGUCGGCUUACUGUGAAGUUUAUUUUUUCCAUGAAGAUGGAACCAAUUAUACACAUGUUACUACAAUUGAGCAUAAAAUUGAAACAAGUUUAUUGAAAACUCAAGGAGUAUAUCGGAUAGAAUGUUACUUGAACAAGGACAAAGGCAAUAUAGAAGUGGACACUUAUACAAACAUUUUACUGCUGAAUUCCUCUGAACAAUAUUUAGAUUGUUCUUCGAGAUCUAAAGUUAUUGAUGUGAAUUACUUAAAGUCUAGAUAUCCGCUGUGCUGUUAUCGUGUUCCAGUGAGAAGUAUCUGGUUAAAGCUAUUACAACGAAAUGUGAAUUUAUGUCAGCGGUAUACAUGGAAGGGUGAUGUAGUCGAUGUUUACAGUGAACUGAAGUGUUUCACUACAAUCAGUCAGAUUUCAGUAUAUGAAGAUUAUAUGUACAUAGAUGAGCGGUUAGCAAAAAUAUUACCAACAAGUGUUACAGUUGGAUGUGAAAAAGAAUCAUAUAAGGAGAUUAUUUAUUUCAUCGUAAAUUACUCAUAA